GGGUUACCUCCUUCCUUCUCUCCUCUUAUCGUGUUUUGGUCACCGGUGGAGAUCUCUUGUGGACGACUACCUUUCGUAAAACCAGUCGAGAUAAGUAAUCGGGAUUUUCUUUCAUUUUGUUUCUGAAUCAUCCAUCGAGAUCAGCCGAAGUUAUCGGCUCGCCGAGCUCGGUUACGGCCGGUGAGGAUGUCGACUCCUGCAAGGAAGAGACUGAUGAGAGACUUCAGGAGAUUGCAGCAAGAUCCACCUGCUGGCAUCAGUGGUGCGCCACAAGACAAUAAUAUCAUGCUAUGGAAUGCUGUCAUAUUUGGGCCAGAUGAUACGCCUUGGGAUGGAGGUACGUUUAAGCUGACCCUUCAGUUCACGGAGGAUUAUCCAAAUAAGCCACCAACAGUUCGCUUUGUGUCUAGAAUGUUCCACCCUAAUAUUUAUGCUGAUGGAAGCAUAUGUUUGGACAUUCUGCAAAAUCAAUGGAGCCCAAUCUAUGAUGUAGCAGCUAUACUCACCUCUAUUCAGUCGUUGCUGUGCGACCCCAAUCCAAACUCACCUGCUAAUUCUGAAGCUGCUCGGAUGUUUAGCGAGAACAAGCGUGAUUACAAUAGGAGAGUACGUGAGAUCGUGGAACAGAGUUGGACUGCUGAUUAGCCACAAAAUGGUUGUAGGCGAACGAACAGAAAAGACAGUCGAGUGAUAACUUGUUUGCAUGAUAUUCCACCUGGGAAGAAAACCGAUUUAUUGUGUAAUUUGCGUAUUAUGGAUGAUAAUGAUGCUUGCUUGGUUUAUAAAGAUGAACUACUACUAUGGUCUAUUUCAAUUUAGACUCUCUGGUCUAUAGUAUUUUGGCAUC